CGUGGGGCUCGCGGCGGGGGCGCGGCCAUGUCGGACCUGGGCUCGGAGGAGCUGGAGGAGGAGGGAGAGAACGAUCUCGGGGAGUACGAGGGGGAGCGCAACGAGGCGGGGGAGCGCCACGGGCGCGGGAAGGCCAGGCUGCCCAACGGGGACACCUACGAAGGGGACUACGCGCAGGGCAAGCGGCACGGCCAGGGCGUCUACAAAUUUAAAAACGGCGCUCGGUACACCGGGGAGUACGUGAUGAACAAGAAGCACGGCCAGGGCACCUUCAUCUACCCCGACGGCUCGAGGUACGAAGGAGAGUGGGCAGACGACUUCCGGCACGGCCAGGGCGUGUACUACUACGUCAACAACGACACCUACACGGGGGACUGGUUUGCCCACCAAAGGCACGGGCAGGGCACCUACUUCUACGCGGAGACGGGCAGCAAGUAUGUGGGCACCUGGGUGAAUGGACAGCAGGAGGGCGCGGCCGAGCUCAUCCACCUGAACCACAGGUACCAGGGCAAGUUCCUGAACAAAAAUCCCGUCGGCCCCGGGAAGUACGUGUUUGACAUCGGGUGCGAGCAGCACGGCGAGUACCGCCUGACCGACGUGGAGCGGGGAGAAGAGGAGGAGGAGGAGGAGACGGUCGCCACCGUCCUCCCCAAGUGGAGGGCCACCAAGAUCACCGAGCUGGCCCUGUGGACGCCCACCCUGCCCGAGGAGCAGGCCCCCGCCGAGGGCGCCGACCAGGAGGAGGGGCCCGCGGCCGAGGGUGGGUGUGGGGGGCGGCCCGGAGGGGGCUGCUGCCAGGGCGGGUGCUGGGGCGCGGGCUCCUGUGCAGGAUGCUAG